CUCGUUCGUGCCGUGCUGUCCACACGACGCCACCGAUCCAUCUAUUCCCCUCUCGUCUCUUCCGCGCUCAUCUCCCUCAGCUGGUCUGCAAAGUCUCUCCAGGAACUCGGCGAGGUAACUGCUCUCCACACGCCUCCCUUUCCCCGUCUUCUCCCACCUCCGCUCCUCUCGUCGCUGUUAAUCGGACUCCCCCCGCAAUUUUCCACGACGAGGAGGAAGGAGGUCUUGUUGGAUGGAAAUGUUUUUCAGCAGCUUUCUCGGUGAAUCAUCACUGAACGUUUUUGGUCAUCCAGAUGUUGAGAGAUGCCCAUUCCUAAGAAACAUCAAUGGAGCUACAACCUUGUCAUUUUCUUCUGCUUUGCCGGUAGUUGCCCGAGGAGGCAAGGGUCCGAUUUUUGAGGAUGGGCCAGGCUUUGAGUCAGCAUUCAAGCUUUUUCACGGACGAGAUGGAAUAGUUCCCCUUUCAGGACGAUCAUAUGUGCCUGAUGAGAACCACAAUGAGAGCAUUGAUGCCACGCCUGAACCUGCUCUGCCGUUUAAUCCAUUGGCUGCUAGAGCUGCAACAAUAAGUCUAUCAGCAUUUGGACCAUUUGGUUUUAAUUUCUUCAAUGGCAAGGGCAAAAGGCAGAACAAGAAGCCCAACAAUCUAGAUCAGUCCCACAAGAAGCCCAAGACUCCAGAUCAGUCUUCCAUGAAACAGAAAGGAACCAAUCCAUCAUCGCACGAGGCGUUGAGCAACGAAUGGCUGGAAAAUGGCCAGUGCCCACUUGCCCGGUCUUACCGGGCAAUGAGUGGUGUUCUGCCCCUUGUUGCCAAGGCUUUACAGCCACCAGCUGGUAUGAAGAUCAAGUGCCCACCUGCUGUGGUUGCUGCCCGGGCAGCCCUUGCACGAACUGCCCUUGUGAAGUCUCUCCGACCCCAGCCCCUGCCUGCCAAGAUGGUAGCCAUUGCUCUGCUGGGAAUGGCAGCAAACAUCCCUCUUGGGGUGUGGCGGGAACAUACCAAGAAAUUUUCCCCUCAGUGGUUUGCAGCUGUCCAUGCCGCUGUUCCGUUCAUUGCAAUGCUGAGGAAGUCUGUUGUGAUGCCCAGGACUGCAAUGGCAUUCACCAUAGCAGCCUCCAUCGUUGGUCAGACUAUCGGGUCGAGGGCCGAGCGCAUCCGUCUGAGGGCUCUGGCUGCAAAGGGUGCUGGUGAUUCUACAACAAAUGGUGUUAUGUAUCCAAACAUGAAUGGGCAUUGCAGCGACACUGAGGGCAAGGCAUGGGAUCCCCUAGCGACAAAAAUGGGGGGCUUAGCUACUAGGAGUUCUCCUGCGCCUACCCCUGGUAUGUGCUUCUGAUCAUGUUUUGCAUGAAAUUCAGGCAAAUCGCUGAUGAGAUUAUGCCAGAAGUACUUUAUCUUAUAGUGUCAUGUAAUUGCCUUGCUUGUCCCUGAAACUGAGCUGUCUGUUGGGCGAGUCAAGUGUAAUAAGAGGUGCCACAGUUCCAGUACCACCGGUCGUUAUGUUGUUAUGGUCUUCAGUUCAUGCAUCUGUAAUUUGAUGCUGCUGUAUUGCUAUUUAACAAUCAUAUUGUGUCUGCUUUAAAAGAAAAAACAUAUUGUGUGCAACUUUGGAUGAACCAUUUUGCGAGCUA